AUGCAUGAUCACAGACUCGAAAAUUUAUUUCAAGAAAUCCUCAAUUUUGUGUCAAUUAAAGCUUUGAAGAUUUUAUAUGAUGAGAUACAUAAGAAUGUUGACGUAGGGUCGAUGAAUGUGACAUGCAAUUGUUUGGCUCGUACGGUUAAUGGUCUUCCAUGUGCAUGUGAAAUAGGUGCAUUGAAGAGACAAGGUAAGGUCAUACCGCUCAAUAUUAUUGAUCCGUUUUGGAGGCAAUUGAGUAGUUCACCUCCAUCUCCAAGCCGGAUUAAUCUACCAUUUGAAGAAACACCAGAGUUUUUUGCGAUUCGAGAUACAUGGGAACGAGCGACAGAAAAUGAACAGGUAAGAAUCCUUGCCCAACUGAAACCAAUUGCAUUUCCAUGCACCAUCAACCUUCAAGAGCCAGAAGUAUCCCAAGUGCAUCGAGGUCGCAAGUCCAAGAAGCAACUAAUAAAAGAUAGAUCAACUGUACGAGAGCCGUCUUUCUACGAGCAUAUCGAUAAAACUGUCGAUAUUUUGGUGAAAUUUGGAGAAAAAAGGAACCGUAAAAGGCUAGCAGCACAAAACAAGGAUACUAACUUAGUUGAUCCAAGGACCAUGUACGAGCAAAUGUGGGGUGUCGAUAUGCUAAAAGAAUUGGAAGACAGCAUUGAUAAUAACCAAUGGAUGAGAAUGCCUGAGAGUGGUUUCAUUAUUGCCGAGGCUUUCACCACAACAGUUGUAUAUUUGAGUGAAGAACAAAGCAUGACCUUUAUUCCUACAACCAAUGAAGCUUCCCCAAAGAAACAAAAGAAGAAGAACAAUUUCUCGGAUAACUGGUCGGAACCAUACAUGAAAAGAAUUAAGAAAUAUGAAGAUAUGGUGGGAACUAGAGAAACAAAAAGGAUCUUGUUCAAGACCUCCAGAGGAUACUUUUACAUUAGUUUCAUUAAUUUGAUAUACAUUGAAGUUCACUAUGUUGAUUCUGUUGACUAG